AUGGCUGCUCUCUCAACUUCAUUUUCGCCACCAACGGCGCACGUUAGCAGCUGCUCCGCCUUCUGUCGAAACUCACAAUUUUUUUCUCCUUCGACCUCGAAAAUUCUUAAACUCCCUCGUUUUUGGCCAUGGCAAAAGGUGAAAAUAGGCCCGUUGAUUGCGUCUCCAAUGGGGUUCGGUACCUGGGCUUGGGGUAAUCAGCUGUUGUGGGGCUAUCAAGAAUCCAUGGACAGUGAGCUUCAGCAGAUUUUCAAUCUUGCAGUUGAGAAUGGGAUUAAUCUGUUUGAUACAGCCGAUUCGUACGGCACCGGAAAACUGAACGGACGAAGCGAGAAGCUCCUUGGGAAAUUCAUCCGCGAGUUUGAAGGAAAUAAGCAGGCCAUGGAUAAUAUCAUAGUUGCUACAAAAUUCGCUGCAUACCCGUGGCGCCUAACUCCUAAUCAAUUUGUGGAUGCUUGCAAAUCAUCCCUAAAUAGACUUCAGCUCGAGCAAAUCGGAAUAGGACAACUGCACUGGUCAACUGCGAAUUACGCACCUCUGCAAGAACGCGCCCUUUGGGAUGGUUUAGUGGCAAUGUAUGACAAGGGAUUAGUACGAGCAGUUGGUGUAAGUAAUUACGGACCAAAACAGCUAAUAAAAGUACACGACUACCUUAAGGCCCGAGGAGUCCCUCUCAGCUCGGCUCAGGUGCAAUUUUCACUUUUGAGCUUUGGAAAUGAUCAGAUAGAGAUCAAGAGUAUAUGUGAUUCUCUUGGUAUUCGUGUCAUUGCAUACAGUCCUUUGGGACUCGGCAUGCUUACCGGAAAAUAUUCUCCUACCAAUCUUCCAACUGGACCACGGGGCCUUCUAUUUCGACAAAUUUUACCAGGGCUCGAGCCUCUGCUCGAUUGUCUAAGAGAAAUUGCUGAAAAAAGACAAAAGACCAUAUCUCAGGUGGCUAUAAACUGGUGCAUUGGAAAAGGUACAGUUCCAAUUCCUGGAGUCAAGUCGAUAAAGCAAGCCGGACAGAACUUGGGUGCCCUUGGCUGGCAAUUAAGUUCGAAUGAGUUGAUGCAGUUGGAAUAUGCUGCUCUCGAGUCUCCACGCAAAAUGGUUCAAAACAUAUUUCAGACGAGGUGA